AAGGAUAAGUGAAAAAUGAUCGUCGUAGAAAUUUUAAUAAAGAUAAAUUCAAAUAUGGCUCCGAAUAUUAUAAGUAGCCCUAUUGGAAUUCUAUUUAAAGGAGAAAAGAUAGAUCAACCAGUCGAAAUAAACAAGGAAAAAGAAAUAUAUAAAAGGAAUAUAAUUUGGAGAAAUGUUGCAAUAUUUAGUGGUCUACAUAUCGGUGCUGUCUACGGUGCCUAUCUUGCACUCACAUCUGCUAAAUUGUUAACAACGCUUUUCAGUAUCUUACUUAGCAUGUGGUCGGGUAUUGGUAUCACAGCAGGAGCUCAUAGACUAUGGGCGCAUAGAUCCUACAAAGCAAAAUGGCAACUUCGAUUAAUUCUUAUUAUAUUCAACACUAUAGCCUUUCAGGAUGCGGCUAUCGAUUGGGCAAGAGACCACAGGGUUCAUCAUAAAUAUAGCGAAACUGAUGCGGAUCCACAUAACGCAAAAAGAGGAUUCUUCUUCUCUCACGUAGGUUGGUUGCUACUUAGGAAACAUCCGGAUGUUAAACAGAAGGGUAAAGGAAUCGACAUGAGCGAUCUUAAAAGUGAUCCCAUUAUCGCCUUUCAGAAGAAGUACUACUUCAUUCUGAUGCCUUUGAUGUGCUUCAUUUUGCCAAGCAUAAUACCUAUGUACUGUUGGAAUGAAACCUUCCUCAACUCUUAUUUUAUUCCUGUAGUAUUUCGUUACGUCUUCACCUUAAAUAUGACGUGGCUAGUGAAUUCCGCCGCUCAUCUUUUUGGAAAUAAACCUUACGACAAAUACAUCAAUCCUUCCGAAAAUAAAGGAGUAGCAAUGAUGGCAUUGGGCGAAGGCUGGCAUAAUUAUCAUCACGUAUUUCCAUGGGAUUACAAAACUAGCGAAUUGGGUAAUUACAGGCUUAAUAUCACAACCGCGUUCAUCGACUUCUUUGCAAAAAUAGGUUGGGCCUAUGAUCUAAAAAGUGUCUCGAAAGAUAUGAUAAAAUCGCGAGUACUGAAAAGCGGUGAUGGUACUCAUGAUGUUUGGGGUUGGGGCGACAAGGAUCAAACACAAGAAGAGAAACAACAUGCCAUAGUUACGUAUACUUCGACGAAGGAUCAAUAACUGUUCUCUCUCAUUUUAUCCUCUUCGCUCUUAUUUGUUUUUCCUCUUUCGAGAAUAUCCUUACAUUCACUUGACAAAACUAAGUAAUUCACGAUCAUGAAUCUAUUAUUCUCUAUAAAACUAUUUUUGCGUUACGAUUUCUCUCCUCUCCCAUUCCUCAUAUUUUCUUAUUCACGAUAAUAUAAUACCCUUGACAUAAUUUCACGACAAUUUAAUUUAUAGAUAGAAUAAUCUAUCGAAUAGACUAUUAGAAUGUCUUUCAAACUUCAAAGGUUGUAUGUAAUAAGAAUUAAUCGGAGUUUACCAUUU